AAGCAAGCGCUUCUGGUAGCCGGGUCCGACUGAUCUCGCGCUGCUAGUCCAGCCAGACAGGGAGCAUCGAGCCGAGCAGCAGAGCGCGCGCGGUGCACGCAGAGCACAGGGAGUGACACAGGGAGAGGACGCAGGGAUGGAGAUCGCCAAGAACGUGCGCGACUUCCUCGUGGGCAUGAAGGAGUCGCUGUCCCCGGAGGAGGACCAGCUGCUCUCGAGUUUGCAGACGCUGCACGAGCAGUACCUCAACAUCAUGGAGGACUUCCACGGGCAGGUGAACGCCCAGGCGCUGAGCAUGAGCCCCGAGGCGCGCGUGGUGGCGCACCAGCUGCGCCUCAAGAUCUACCAGGACUGGCGCGCCAAGCUCAUGGAGCGCGUGUUCGACAACUCGAAGGAGAUCGCGUCGGCUGAAGACGCGGAGACGCACAAGCCCGGCUGCGACUGCUGUUUCUGCGAGCUGACGCGGCGGCUGAGCAGCUACGAGACCGUGACGGCCGAGUACAUCCAAGUGAGUACGCGGAUCAAGAACCCGGAGAACGACGCCGGCGAGGACAGCGUCUUCACCAUGCCGGACUUCCUGGCCACCUAGGGGGCGCCACGCGGGAAGGGAGGCACGCCAAGCUAGUUAGGGAUUUCUCGGCAGCGAGUGCGCCGGGAACGCCCGCGGAUCUCGUGUGGAACGAAGAGAAGGACUGCAUCGCGAGAUGGGACCGCCCCCGCGCCUCGGGGAGGCUGCCGAGCAGUACAAUACGUGGAACUGCUACUACUACAACAACAACAACAACAACAAGAAGAGGCGCUCGCGCGGCGCUGCGAUCGUGGAAGUCGCGGCCGCCCCGGCGCGAGCGAGUGGGUGUGUGUGGAACAAUAGAGUGCUCCGACUGCGUCUUCGCCGUCACCGGAAGCGCGUGCAUUGCAGUCGGUAGUGGUAUUAUGAUCCCCCCCGCCUCGGUGCGCAGGUUUAUAAGCAAGUUUAUAAGUAACAAAGGGCUCGUUUGAUUCG